AUGGGGCCCUGCUCAGAAGACCCCCACCUCUACUGGGCCUCCAGGUUCCUGGGAUUCAUCAGCCUCCUCCUCAGUGUCUGCAGCACUGGGGUCAAGAGUUCUGGAGCACAUGGUUCUGGAGUUCAGGAUUCUGGAGCCCAUGUUCCCCUGCAGGGGAUCCAAGGAGGUUCUGUGUUGUUUCAUCUGACCAAGAAUCAAGAAGCUGACCCAGAAGAGGUCUCAUGGGGCUUUGGCCCUGAGUCAAACUACAGAGUCCUGCUGCAAGUCCGCCGUGGGGCAGACACCCCAACUUGGGUCAGCCUCCAGGACAAGUACCAGCACAGGGUCCAUGUGCCCAAUGUGACAUCCCUGAGGAUUGAGAACCUGACCCGAGAGGACAGUGGGCAGUACCGGGCUCGAGCCAGCUUCCCUGGAGGAAGAGAACUUACCCAGGUUUUCCUCCUCACUGUCUAUGGAACUGUACCCCUUCCUGAGAUCCAUGUCAAGUCAGCAUCCAUCACACCAGGCUGGUGCAAUGUCACUCUGGAGUGCAGAGCCCCAGGGGAUACAGAGGACCUGAAGGUGAACUGGGAGAUCAAGGGCCUUCCCAGGGAGCUGGAGCAGAGAGUGACAUCAGAACUACCCUCCAACUCCUGGAACCUGACUCUGAACCUGCCCCUGAGCCAGCCCGCUGCCAGCUUGACCUGUGUGGUCAGCAACCAGGUGGACCAGAAAACUGCCACCUUAGACCUGGGGAAAGUCUGUGUCUCUGAUUCACCUAGAAACAGCAGUACUAAGACCCUGCCAGGCAUCAUAGGGGCUGUUGUGAUUAUGCUGUUGAUCCUCAUAAUUGGACUGUUCCUUUGGAAGACCUAUAAGAAGAAGAGGAAGAUGAAGACUGAAAGAGAAUUUCAGGGUGACCCCAGGGACAAUGAUGAGGCAGGAGACUUAAGCCCAAAACCUGAGAACACCAGAAAACUACUGACUACAGGGAGCAUUAAGUAA